GGAGUUACUUGAUGCUUAUGAAGGACGUAAUUUAUUGAUGUUUCUAAAGCUUUUGGUUCAAAAUCCCUGAUUUCUCCAAAUUUUGAUCAUUGUGAUGGGCUUGACAUAAAACCAGACGAGAUCUCUGAUUUUACUACAUCACUAGCGAACCUCAAUAAUUCAAAUCAUCAAUUUUUGUUGAACAAGACAGCUUCAAGUAACCAGUAUAUGUCAAUCAUGAAUUCCUCAACUCAGCAGACGCCUGCUUCGCUGGAAGCGUUGUUAAAUGGCCCUGCGCUGCAACCGCCAAAUGGCGUUGUGCCUGACUUCACGGGCCCGCGGAGGCUGACGCAGGUGAUGUUAGCUGUUGAGUUGCUGUUCUUAUUGUGCACUACGAUAGCAGUCUUGGUGCGCUUAUAUACCAAACUGAUUAUCAAUCGCAAAGGAACUUUGGAGGAUCGUGAGUCUCUGUUUACAACUUUACCGUUGCAGUUCUUGGCUGACCAUCUAGUACUUUGUACCAUUUCUUGGGUAUGCUAUUAUUGCUGCUCGCUUGUUGCAGUUUGUAUUAAUUAUUUAGGCCUUAUUCGCCGCUCUUUUUAUCCUCAUUCGAUGGGGUGGUGUAGCCGGUGCCGGGCGACAUCAAUGGGAUGUUCAACUAAAAGACUUAAAGCACUUUCUCUAUGGCCUCCAUAUCAUCUCCAUUUUAAAUGGUUGUAUCGUGCUUACGAUUAAAGCAUCUAUUCUCCUUCAGUAUGUGACUAUAUUUUCGAUCGGGGAACGGAAAUGGUUCUUCUGGACCUGCCAUACAUUUAUCUGGUUAAACGUUGUCUUUUAUGCCACUUGCUUCUUCAUGGAGAUCUUUUCUUGCAAGCCAAUAGCAAAGGCAUGGGAUCCUUUCAUGACCACUGGCUCAUGUCCCAUCAAUGUCAAAUAUUUGAAUAUUGCAGCUUCAUCAAUCAACGUGAUAUCAGAUUUGGCAAUCCUUUUACUUCCACAAGGAAUUAUAUGGAAACUUAACAUGAAUGCUUCAAAGCGCUUGGGUGUUUCACUGAUUUUCGCUGCAGCGCUUCUUGCCUGCAUUUUUGCUUCAGUACGUCUCUAUUACGGCGUAGUUCUCUAUUAUAGUGACGAUAUCACAUAUUAUACAAGCAUGUUUGCCAUACAUAUGUGUGCCGAACUUGGGCUAGCUAUUAUAGUUAGCUGUUUACCCGCAUUUCCAAAAUUCAUCAGAACGAUCAAUCAAACUUCGUUUUUUUCGAGAAUCAGCAGCUCUUUAUAUACAAUGCUUGGUAUUGGCAAGGAACAAAGUGUGGACAAAGAGACAUUUUAUCAUGUGCAGAAACAGGUCGAUCUGGGGAGAAAGCCCCGACAAGACACUUUUCAGCGAUUAGUAGAAGAGCAUGAAUUGCAAUCGGCUUUCAGAGAAGAGAAUAAAGGAACUGUGACAUCAAGAGUAGAAGCGUGUUGAGAGUCAGGUUUCUGAGAUUCAGGAGUGGAUUCACAAGAGGGAAUAUUGCGUUACAGAUCACCUUACUCAUUAUAUACAAGUAGUAAUUUGUGUGCUAUACAAGAAUCGCUAUUGUUUGGAUUGUAUGUAUCACAUGCGUUUGAUCCAAAGAGAUUAUUCAAAUUCUGAAGGCUCCGAUUAGGCUGUUUAUGAAGACAAGCAACCUCAAAAUCUGCAGAUUCAACGAAAGAAUACACGCUAUUACGACAGCAUACCCCA